UGCUGGUGAAAUCUUGCUAUGGCCUUGGUCUUAACCUGGACAGAGGAAAAAGAAAGGAUCCAAAAGGAAAUUUGCUGUCCCCUUUUUUGUUGCCAUAGGGUUAUCUCUGGAAUGUGAAGAAUGCAUUGGAGUAGAUUAUUGUUCUGGGGACAUGCUUAUGUGCGCUCCUGGGAAAGACAGAUGCAGCGUUACUUAUUUGCGCACCCCAUUCGGAAUAUCACAGAUUAUAAAGAGUUGUGUCCCAUCCAUCGUUUGUGACAAAGGCAUUCAAGUAAUUAAUCUGGGCCGGACAGGAACAGUGGUUGUCCAGUUGACAUGCUGUGAAAGAGAUGAAUGUAGAAGGGUUGUUCCUCCAGCAUUGCCUGAAAAGACGGUGCCAAAUGGGAAGCAGUGCCCAGCAUGCUUUUCACUGCAAAAAAAAUGUAAUGAAGAUGUUGCUUAUUGCAAUGGAGAUGAACUGUAUUGUGCUGCAGGAUUUCUGGAUUCAGGAAUUGGUAAUUAUCUCUUUAGACCAACCUUCCUUAAAUUACAUUUGCUUGAUUUUGGAUGACAUCUGCCAUCAAUCAAAAGGGG